AUGUUGUCCAACCCUCUGCAACGGUUCUCACCGUACCAGAACCUCGCGCCUCCUGGCCUCAUCCCAACAGACGACAACACCAUCCCGUCCCAUCCUCAUCCUAGUAUUCAUCCUCCUCCUCCUCCGACAACUCUCACCCACCACAAUGGCAUUGACUCUCUGGGUUACGACCAUCAUCAACACCAGCACCAGCACCAGCACCAGCAGCAUCAGCAGCAGCACCAGCAGCACCAUGCUGCCCAGCUCGGUAUCCCGCACCAGAUUCACCAGAGUAUGGGAGGUGCCGGUGACCUACCCAGUCCACACAUGAUGCCUUCCACUACUGCUGUUGCCGCUACCGCCACUUCCAGAUCACUGGUUGGUACUGCGGCCAAGCAACAUCAACAUCAGCAGCACCACCAGAGAUAUCAGCCGUACGCGCAGGUGGGCAGGAUGCCUGGCACCCCCAGUGCUACUGCCACUGCUGCUGCAGCCGCGGCGGCAGGUCAGGUCAGGAGGCGUAUCAGUCGGGCUUGCGAUCAGUGUAAUCAGCUCAGGACCAAGUGUAAUGGGCAGCAUCCCUGUGCACACUGCAUUGAAUUCGGCUUGGGUUGUGAAUAUGCUCGAGAGAGGAAGAAGAGAGGUAAAGCUUCUCGAAAGGAUCUGGCAGCACGGGCGGCAGCAGCGGCUGGGGCGAGACCCGGCAGCGGUGGCAAGAGCAAGGAUACGACCCCGACGGCUAUCACCACAGACGCAAAGCAUCAGCAUCAUCUCAACGACAACAGCAACAUGGAUGCGGAUCCUCUGGACAACUCUCAACCUCUCGAUCUGAAUUCCGGCUUCGCAUCUGCGUACGACCGACAGGGCAUGGGGUCCUAUGUAGGCCACACCCAGGCCGACAUAUCUGCUGCGGCUGCGGCCGCGGCGUAUCCUGACCUCUCGGAGGCGUACCCGAUGCAGCAGAGCCCCCCAGGAUACAACAACAGCGGCAACAGCAGUAGCAGCAGCGGUAUCAACAACAACAACAACAACAACAACAACGGGAGCAGCAGCUCCGGUAGGGGGUUCCCUAUGAUCGGCAGCAGCCCCAUGGGUGCCGGGCCCGGGUACGUGGGCAUGGGAGGCGCUGCGCCGUCCCCGGGAUGGGCAUCGCUUGGGUUCGCGACGGCGACAUCGCCGGCGCACUUCCAGCAGGUCGCCACCCCUGCUGCCUCUGCUGCCGUGCCCGGCUACGGCACCCAGCUGCGGUAUCCGGUCCUCGAGCCGCUCCUCCCUUAUCUCGGCAGCGUAAUGCCUAUCAGUCUGGCGUGCGAUCUCGUCGACGAAUACUUCUCGUCGUCGUCGUCGGCCCAGAUGCACCCCAUGUCGCCGUACGUGCUGGGCUUCGUGUUCCGCAAGAGAGCCUUUGUGCACCCCACGCGUCCUCGACGAUGCCGCCCGGCCCUGUUGGCCAGCAUGCUGUGGGUGGCGGCUCAGACGAGCGACGCCCCGCUCCUGACGAGCAUGCCAUCGGCGCGGGCAAAGAUGUGCCAGAGGUUGCUGGAGCUGACGGUGAGGCUGCUCAACCCGCUCAUCCACACGCCCGCGUCCGGCAGCAUCCAUGCCGGCGGCGGAGCGUCUCCCGUCGGAGGGGCAGGUGGGAGCAGCAGCCCUCAGGCUGGGGCGGUGCCCCUGGAUGGGCUGGGCGUGGCCCUCCCUGGGUCCCUGAGCAUGGAUGCCUACGUCCUCUCGGGGGAGUCUGGCCCCUUCGGCGCGGCGGGCACCAUCGACGACGUGGCUGCGUACAUACACAUCGCCACCGUGGUGGCGGCGAGCGAGUACAAGGGGGCGAGCCUUCGAUGGUGGAACGCGGCAUGGUCGCUGGCAAGGGAACUCAAGCUGGGUAGGGAGUUGCCGCCCAGCAGCAGAAGCAGCGGACAGCAGUACCACGGCGGCGGCAGCAUCGAUCCCGGCGACGACGACCAUUGCCUCGACGAGCACGACGUGUACCGGAACAACAAUGCGAAUAUCGUGACGGACGAGGAGCGCGAGGAGCGCCGCCGCAUCUGGUGGCUCGUGUACAUAGUCGAUCGGCACCUUGCGCUGUGCUACAACCGGCCGCUGUUCCUGCUCGACGCCGAGUGUGAGGGUCUGCAGAGGCCUGUCGACGACCUGGCGUGGCAGCGUGGUGAGUUCGGCUCCGGUGCUGGUGCUGGGGAGAAUGUGAGCGGCAGCGGUGGAGGCAAUCACGACGAGCAGACCAGGGGCACUCACCAGUUCGAGUGUCGAGGCCACAGCAUCUUUGGGUAUUUCCUCCCGCUCAUGAUCAUCCAGGGCGAGAUCGUGGACCUCCAUCACGCCCGUAACCAUCCUCGCUUCGGUGUCGGGUUCAGGUCGGCGGGCGAGUGGGACAGUCAGGUUGCUGAGAUUGAGAGCCAUCUCGAGAUGUACGGAAGGAGUCUCCGGGCGUUUGAGCGGCAGCAGAGUGUUCCAGAGUGUAGCGCUUCCGUAUUUUCACUGUCGCCGCCGGCGCUAUCAGUGACCGAGACGGGACGAGGAGGAGGUGGUGGAGGCGGGAAGGAAGAUGGCACUGCCGAGACCGCAGCGGCAGCAGAUGCGGAUACACCGUCUGCGCGAACGGCGGCAACGACGCCAUCGACAGCUGGCCAGGGCCACCACCACCACCAUCACCAGAGACUUACCGAGAGCGACAUCCAGACGCGGAUAGUCGUUGCCUACGGGACCCACGUAAUGCACGUCCUGCACAUCCUGCUCGCGGGGAAGUGGGACCCCAUCGAUCUUCUCGACGACGAGGACCUGUGGAUAUCCACGAGGGGCUUCAUCGACGCGACGAGCCACGCCGUCUCGGCCGCGGACGCGAUAGGCCACAUCCUCGAAUUCGACAGCGGCCUGGAGUUCAUGCCUUUCUUCUUCGGCGUGUACCUCCUCCAAGGAUCGUUCCUACUGCUGCUCAUCGCGGACAAACUACAGCACGAGGCGUCACGGAAUGUCGUCAGGGCUUGCGAGACAAUCGUCAGGGCACACGAGGCUUGCGUUGUAACUCUCAAUACAGAGUAUCAGCUGGACGAAGUAACGGAUAAUAACUGA